UGUCGAGCGCGACCGCACAGAUCGACUCCGUCGAACAAGCGCUUGUCACUUUUAUCCCCGGUUGCACGGAACAAUCACAAAUAAUUGUACACCAUUGGGUAUAAAUGUUAUUUCCCAAAGUCGACGAACAAUGUCCCGCUGUAUGGUUUAAUUCGCGUGCUCCGAUUUUUUAUUCGUCGCACGAUGCACGUGCCGCUUCCGCGUCAACGCUAACAAGGGUGGACACACGCAUCCUCCCACCCCCGAAUGUCGUCGUCGCCGCCGCACGUGCUUCGUUGCAUGUUUCGUUGCGCGUAAACAAAUACAUGUAAACAUACACUUGACAGACAAACAAAAAAAAUAAGCCAAAGGAGGGUGGGAAAAUCGUACGACGACGUUGAGUGUAUAAAAAAAAAAAAAAGAAAAAAAAAAGAAAAAAAAAAAGUCCAGUGCAUCUCACGGGCAAGUUUAUAGUACAUCCCGGCAAGUGCAGCUGGCGGGGUUGUGCGCGAGGUGUCUGCACCACACCACCAGCAGUAGCAGCUGCACCAGUAUAUUAUAAAUACAUGUGGACACCCAGCAGCGAGGAGGGAGAGAGAGAGUGAGAUAAAAGUGUGCGUGUCCGCGUAUGUACAUAUAUAUAUAUUUGUGUAGGCGCAUUCUUCCGAGUCCAAAGGAUGCUGGAGCUGCCGAUGCCGUGGCUCAAGUGCUGCUGGAGGGGCACUCGCCGGGGAAGCUGUGCAUCACCAGGUUACAGCGGUAGCAGCUCGGUCGUAUCGACGAGGACGAAGAGGAGCAGUAGUUAACGGGACAACGGUGCCGCUCUUCUCUUUCUCUCUCUCUCUCUCUUUCUCUGGCAUCUUCCUCCUCCUCCUCUUCUUUCGCAAAGAGGAAUCUGCCGCUGCUCCUGCUACUGACCUUGUGUGCGUGUAUAGAUAUACCCACGAGCGUGCGCGCGUCAAUUUUCGGGGAAAGAAGAAUAUAUAUAUACAUUAUAACACAUUGCAGAGAGAGGAUGUUACUCUGGCACUGAAUUUCGGUCCCUCCUUUUAUUUGUUUUUUUCUUUCUUCCUUCCCAUUUUCGAUAUUUUGCCGGCCUUGGACGCGGGUUGGAUGACUCUCGCGGUGCUACGUGUUUAAUGUAACACACACCCACGACAUAGUCGGAAGGAAAGAGAGAGAGAGUACAUCGGCGAUCAAAGAGAGAAAGGAGCCGGAUGAAGAAGCUGCUCGCCGAGCUGUAUCUAUAAUACACACAGCAGCAGCUCGCUCCUCUGCUGUCCACGAGCUGAUGCUGCUGUUGCUGCAACAGAUCGAUCCGAAUCCGAGGUAGAAGCGGCCGUUGCCAAAGUGGUGGUAAUAACAAUAAAAGUAGUAAUCAGCACUAAUAGUAAAGAAAACCAGGAAAUCACGACGGACGGCCACGCGGAGGAUGACUCGAGGCUCGUGAUCUCGGCCUGGGAGAUCGGCAGGGCAAUCGGCACCUGUACCAGAAGCAACAGUAGCAGCAGCCUCGGUAGCCGUAGUCGUAGCAGCCUCGGCGCGGGCAGUAGUCGGGAGAGCAGCAGCUGUAAGAUCGUCGCCGAGAAAAAAGAGGAGAAGCGGAAGAAGCGGGGAAGGAGAAAAGCCGGGCAGUACUACCGGUUGCAGCGUAGGCGAGCUCGAUCGGGCGUCGCAUCGGGGGGCUCAUUCGCGGGGCCAGGAGGAGCCGUGGAACGACUCGGGGACAGCUGCAGCAGCAGUGGCAGCAGCAGCAGCGUCGCCGCCUGCAUCACCAGGCCCCGGCGAGGCUGCACCGCUGGGCCUACGGGCGCGCGCUGGUGGCGGGGCAGACGCCGCAAACGCAGACGACUCGCCUACCACGAGGGCAAGCGCAGGUGACGCGGAUUGACGGUCGGUGGUGGCGGCGGAAAAGGAGCCGGCGAAAGGGUCGAGGGCGUCAGGAUGUUCAGCGGGGCGAUAUGCAGGCGGGCCAAUUGGCUGCUGAGGCUGUCGAUAGUGUUGAACGUGUGCGUGGUGCUGUUGUUCGUGGGCACGCACUUUAGGUCGUCGGGGCCGUGGGUCGAGGAGCCGCCGGCAGGUUGGGCCGGCUCGACCCAGGACGCGCUCCUGGGCACGGCCAUGAGGCCCGGCGCCACGGGCACCAGCGGCAGUAGCGUCACGGCCGAGACGAGCAAGACCGAUGGCGCCAGGACCAAGACCUCGCUGUCCUCCUUGGCGACGUCCUCCUCCUUGGCAUCAUCCUCGUCGUCCUUGGCUGCCCAGGUCGAAGCUAACAGGACCAAACUCGCGUCCGCGGAGACUGCCAGCGAGGUGGACCGAGCGAAAGCCAACCAGACGGCGAACCAGAAACCCGAGCUCACGCUGCAAGAGGCGAUUGAGUGCAACGACAAGCCCUUGAAUCGGAAAACGUCCCAGCGCGGCGACUACUGGGUGCUCUACAACUACGUGCCGAUGAGCGAAAAGCCUCACUGCUGGGAAAGCGUCACGUACACGACGCACGCCGACUACACGUUUCUGGACAACCUGGAGCCGUUGCUGGACAGGUGGCGGGCACCGAUCUCCAUAGCCCUCCACGCGCCCGGCGGCGAUUUCCCGCCCACCAUCGAGGCUAUCAAGUACGCGCGUACCUGCGCCGGUCCGCUCGUCUCGCGCUACGUCACCUUUCACGUCUACUUCAGCAGCAAGCACAUGCCCAAAUACAUCCCAUCCGGCGACAGGGUGUCGAACGAUCGGGCCAACUGCAGCAAACCGGCGCCCUGGGCGAACGUGAGCGUCGCCUCGAUGUACAAGACCGAGCGCAAGCUCCUCUACCCGGUCAACGUCGGCCGCAACGUGGCCCGCGAAUCGGCGAGCACCCGCUACGUCCUCGCCAGCGACAUCGAGCUCUACCCGAGUCCCGAGCUCCCGGCCAACUUCCUCGAGAUGGUCAGGCGCAAGGCGCACCCGGCCCUGAGCCGGCCCAACCCCAAGGUCUUUGUCCUCUCGAUCUUCGAGGUUGACGAGAAGAGCCAACCGCCCAGGAACAAGACCGCACUGAUGCAAAUGCUGAAGACGGGCUCGCUGAUACCGUUCCACAAGAAGCUGUGCUCGGGCUGCCACAACGUCCCAAGGGCCAAAGAGUGGCAGGAGGCCAAGGAGACCAGGAGCCUCAGCGUCUUCCACAUCGGCAAGCGCACGGGCUCGUUCGUCCACUGGGAGCCGAUCUACAUCGGCACCAACGACGACCCUCUCUACGACGAGCGGCUCAGCUGGGAGGGCAAAAGCGACAAGAUGACCCAGGGUUACGCGUUGUGCGUCCUGAACUACGACUUUUUGAUCUUGGACAACGCGUUCCUGGUGCACAGGCCGGGCAUCAAGGUCUACAAGAAGGACGCCUACAGGGACACCCUCACCGCGAAGACGAACGUCCUCAUCAAGAAGAUCAUCACGCCCGAGCUGAAGGUGCUCUACGGCACCAAAAAGGGCUGCGCCGUCUAGUUGACGGGGGGGAGGAGGAGGAAACGAAAAAAUAAUCAUGUGUGCCAAACUCUCCGCCCCUCUUUUUUUUUCUUUUUUUUUUCUUUUUUUUUUUUUUUCCUCACCAUACGUCAUUAUCGUUGUUAUUGUUGCUCUUGUUGUUGAUUGUGCCCCUCCGCGCGGCCACGCUUCUUUGUAUAUUCCCCGCUCGCAAGUGGUGAGGGUUUUUUUUUUUUUUUUUUUUUUUUUUCCAAUACGUAUGCGUAUACCACAUGGGAAGGCUGGCUCAGGUGAUUGUCUUUCUGGCGAUACCGAGGGGAUCUUGGCCGUUAGAUUAUUUCCUUGCACCGCACUUUGUUCUCGUUGUUGGUGUUGUUCGUUUUACUUGGCACGUCUUGGAACACACAGUACAAUCAAAUUUGUACUUGGCGUAUGUAAGUUGAAGACUUUUCAAAAAAAAAAAAAAAAAAAAAAAAAAAACAAAGAAAUGCGGAACGUCACGUAAUUCAAUACGUGCACUUCUAAAAAGUUUGACAGUGCAUUGGAGGAGUAAGAAAUCGUGGGUGAUUAUUUUUGGAAAAUACCAUAGGAUGUAAGGCGCUUGGAGGUGAACAGAAACAAAAACAAAAAAAGAUUGCGAGAACGUGCGACUUGGGUUCGAUGAAAUGAGGAGCACACGCAUGGAUACAUAUAUAUUUUUCUACAUCUGCCGAGGAAAGAAAAAUCGCGUUCCAGGAUACACAAUCGGCGAGGGAUAAAGUCACGAAGAAGCCGUUCGAUUUUCUUUUACGUUCCACGAGUUUAAAAGAGUGAAAGACAAGUACGAAGAUUCAAACGAACUUUUCCCCUAUACCGACAACUUUCCACUUUCGACUUAACAUACACACACAUAUGCAUUAGGUCGUCGCACUGUAUAUCUAUCUACUUCUCUAUUACCGUGUAGAUUCUUAACUAGACUUAGGUACAUAUCGACGCAUGAAGUAGGUGGCAAUCGAUUGAGUUUUUUUUUUAAUUUUUUUAUUAUUAUUAUAUUGCCUUUGCGGAGUGUACUAGUUUUUUCACGUAUGGCGAAUAAGCGAUUCAUCGCAGCAUUUGUUCGUUUGUAAGAUUAACUAGAUAAUCAUGAAAAAAAAAAAAAAAAAAAAUUACACGCAUACUCGCUAAGAAAUGUUGUUGAAUCUUGAUACGUAAAUUAACACUUUUCCUUUCAAGUAUCGUCAACGCAUAGAAUAGAGGAAUUUAUUUUUCAAGAAAUUUCAAUGAUUCAAGACAUUUCUUUUAUCGCUGCUGUAGCAUCUCUGAAAGAGAUGUGAAAAUGUGGAUGAUCAAUUAUACACCAAGUGAGCAAACACUACGAAUAAUAUAUUGUGCGAUGGAAGUGAUGGCAUUGUAAAUGCACGAUAUAUAUGUUUUUUCCAAGUUACGAGGCGUCUGUGACGCGAUGGGAGUUUAGUCGUUCAAUAGCAUGUUAGCGUGUAUCUAUAUACAUGAAUAUGAAUAUUUUUUUAAUAACUACGAAACGAAAAUGUGUACAUUGUAAUAUACAUCACGUCUUUUCCCCUUCGGGUUUGUAUUUUAUUUGUCGAUUGGGUGUACAUUUUUUUUAUAUGUAAAAACGAUACAAACGCGAGCGGAGACAUUACUUUUGAAAGUAUUUUUAUAGAACCCGACGGUCUGACGAUCGUAUGUAGAUGAAAAAAAAAAAACCAAAAAAAAACUAGAGAACAAAACAGGUCCCAGUUGAAAUUAUUUACUUGUACUUUCAAUGACUAUAUCGAGUAGGUAAACACACCACUGAGCACCAACGCGAUUAUUAUUCUCGAUCGGAUCGCAAGUUCCUUGUGGGUGACCCUCUUCGUUUAAAAAAUAUCGACACACACAUAUUCGGCUGUGCAAAGCUGAAUCAUGUUUCAACUGCUGUUAAACAAACGUAAGUGUAACUGAACAAAAGAAAAAAGAGUAUACGAUGAUUGUGUACAAUAAAGAAAAAAAAGGGAAUAAAAGUAUGACGUGUAAAUAUUCUGUGUGCCUUACGAGAGACAAAAAAAUCUCAAAGCUUUAGAAGACGUGUUUUAAAUACCUACGUAUUAAGCCGUUGCCGCGAUCGCGUAUCAUCGCACUAGUUGUUUGCACUUCUUUCAUUAUUACUGUUCGCGUAACCAUAAUGCGCCACCUAUUCCUACGAAAAAAAAAAAGUCCCUUUCUUCUCGAAUUUUUGACGAAUGAGUAGACAUUGUUUUAGAGACGACCUUACAUUCGUAAUCUGUUGAUUAUUUAAGACACUUAUUGUUUAAGCGGUUAUUUUUUUAAUGUUUAAGACAUACCUACUUUGUAUACUGUUUAAUUAUGCUAAGGAAAAAAAAAAUAGUAUCAGUUUGGCUUUAAGCUUAGUGGAUCGGAUACUGCGUUCCGAGGAUCCCGGUUGUUUAAACAAUCUUGAGUAAGACUCACUUGUUUCCCCGUGUGUAGAUAUUAUCAAACUGCGGACACGAAUAAUUCGUUGUAUACUUAAUUAUUAGUAUUUUUUUUUCUUUUCUAUGAUUUGCCAUUUAUAUGAUACGUAUAAAACUACACAACAAACUACGAGAUUUCUCGGAAAAUUUUUGUAAUCACUGGUCAAUAAUACUUUUAUCUAAUUUUCUAAGUAUGCUGUAGGUAUAUUUGAACAUAACACGUAAUAUGUUUGAUUCGAUUUUCUGAGAAAUCUCUUUGCCAAAGUAACUUACCAUUUACUUUUUCAUGGUAUAUGUAUCUCUAAAAACAAUAAAAAUGUAGAAAAAUUUUUCUGAAAAAUACGUUGCAAGUUCCGUUAACAGAGCUGAAUACAUUAUGAUUGGUUUUUUUUUUUUUAAUCUCUGGCACUACUGUAUUACAUCCGUGUGUACGUAAGUUUUGUAAAUGGCUAUAAUUGGCUAAUCGACUGACCAGUAUAUAUAAUAUAAUCACAAAAGAGUUGGCUUUAGAACGAAAAAAGAGAAAAAAAGUAGUAUUUGUAGAUGAACGACAAAGAGAAGAUAUACAAAUAUGAUAAAUAUUAAAAUCAGAGACGUACUUGGUAGACUUAAUUAUUAUUAUUAUUAUUAUUAUUAUCAUUAUUGUUUCUUAUUAUUAUAUGCGUGCUCUUAUCAAUGUGCCACACUCACGCGAGAGUCCCGUAGACACGAUGAACAAAAAAAACCAUUUUAUGUACAUGUAUAUUACAUUUUUUAUAAACGAAGGACUGUUUUGAGAAAAAAGUGAAAGCAAAACUAAUAAAGUUUACACCAUUUUGUCAAUGUAUUUUUAUCCGAAUGAAAUUAUAAUUAAUUGCGUAUUGAAACCUUAGCUGUCUCAAGUGACGUUAUUAUUAGGUUUUUUUUUUUUUUUAAUAUUUCAAAACUUUGAAUUGAAAGAUUCUAUUUUAUUUAAAAUUUUGAUAAUGAAAACAAUGCCAUAAAACUAUAAUUAGGUCUUGUUAUUGAAAACUGAGUUGCAAGGAUUGUUGUGUGGUCUUAAAAAAAUCAUUACUUAUUUUUUAUAAAUUCAGGUGUCUCAAGGAAAAGCUCAUGUUUUACAAUUCAAUAGUU